AUGAGGAGCACAAUCGCCAGAUCUUGGGCAAGUUUCGAGACGCUUAGCGACGACGACCCGACAACCAGCCCCUUCAACGGAAUUGCCAGUUUCAUAAUUCAAGAUGAGUACGUCCGAUGUCGAAACAUCGCACUGCGACCCUCCGCAACGUCGAACAACUUCAAACUAACAACCACCACAGCUAAGGGUACCGGGAGUUUCGGAAAGCGUCACAACAAGACGCACACUUUGUGCCGUCGUUGUGGCAAGCGGUCUUUCCACAUCCAGAAGUCCACCUGUGCCAACUGUGGCUACCCUGCUGCCAAGACCCGCAAGUACAACUGGGGUGAGAAGGCCAAGCGCCGCAAGACCACCGGCACCGGCCGCAUGCGCUCCCUGCGUGAUGUCCACCGCCGCUUCCUCAACGGCUUCCAGACCGGUACCCCCAAGGGUGCCCGCGGCCCCGUGACCAACUAG